AUGCCCUACCAAUGCCUUGAUUUCCUGGGCUCUCAGAGGUCUUCCAAGGUCAGGGCUGGCUUCCUGAUAAUCCUGAGCUACUGUAGAAAAGCCCAUGGAAAUGGGCCAUCUGCCUGGUUACCUGAGCCGGGCCACCGAGCCGCGGGUGCGAGCGGGACCGGGGCAGUCGGACAGCCAGCUUGCCCGCACCGCCGCCUGCACCUCUCGUUCCCCGCCCGGUGGCCCAGCGCCGCGCCCCGCGGACCGACCAAUCGGAGGUGCCCGGUGA